AUGGUGACGCCUUCACCUCCACUCAGGAGACAAGGUUGUACUGGUGUAGGUCAGUGUGUAGACACUUCACCUCCACUCAGGAGACACGGCUGUACUGGUGUAGGUCAGUAUGCAGACGCUUCACCUCCACUCAGGAGACACGGCUAUACUGGUGUAGGUCAGUCUGCAGCCACUUCACCUCCACUCAGGAGACAAGGUUGUACUGGUGUAGGUCAGUGUGUAGACACUUCACCUCCACUCAGGAGACACGGCUAUACUGGUGUUGGUCAGUCUGCAGACGCUUCACCUCCACUCAGGAGACACGGCUGUGCUGGUGUAGGUCAGUCUGUAGACACUUCACCUCCACUCAGGAGACACGGCUGUGCUGGUGUAGGUCAGUAUGGUGACGCUUCACCUCCACUCAGGAGACAAGGUUGUACUGGUGUAGGUCAGUCAGUACACGCUGCACCUCCACUCAGGAGACACGGCUAUACUGGUGUUGGUCAGUCUGCAGACGCUUCACCUCCACUCAGGAGACAGGGCUGUGCUGGUGUUGGUCAGUCUGCAGAUGCUUCACCUCCACUCAGGAGACACGGCUAUACUGGUGAAGGUCAGUCUGCAGCCACUUCACCUCCACUAAGGAGACACGGCUAUACUGGUGUAGGUCAGUCUGCAGACGCUUCACCUCCACUCAGGAGACACGGCUAUACUGGCGCAGGUCAGUCUGCAGACGCUGCACCUCCACUCAGGAGACACGGCUAUACUGGUGUUGGUCAGUCUGCAGAUGCUUCACCUCCACUCAGGAGACACGGCUAUACUGGUGAAGGUCAGUCUGCAGCCACUUCACCUCCACUAAGGAGACACGGCUAUACUGGUGUAGGUCAGUCUGCAGACGCUUCACCUCCACUCAGGAGACACGGCUGUGCUGGUGUAGGUCAGUAUGCAGACGCUUCACCUCCACUCAGGAGACAAGGCUGUGCUCGUGUAGGUCAGUCAGUACACGCUGCACCUCCACUCAGGAGACACGGCUAUACUGGUGUAGGUCAGUCUGCAGACGCUUCACCUCCACUCAGGAGACACGGCUGUGCUGGUGUAGGACAGUCUGUAGACACUUCACCUCCACUCAGGAGACAGGGCUGUGCUGGUGUAGGUCAGUCUGUAGAAACUUCACCAAACAGUCAGGAGAGACGGCUGUACUGCUGUACAAGAGACAAAGCUUGUCUGAGGAGUUACUCCAUCAGGCGCUACUUGUGUGCUUGGCGGGUUUCUUCAUCAGGAGACAAAGCUUGUCUCAGGAGUUACUCCAUCAGGCGCUACUGUGUGCAUGGCGGGUUUCUUCAUCAGGAGACAAGCUUGUCUGAGGAGUUACUCCAUCAGGCGCUACUGUUGUGCAUGGCGGGUUUCUUCAUCAGGAGACAAAGCUUGUCUCAGGAGUUACUCCAUCAGGCGCUACUGUGUGCAUGGCGGGUUUCUUCAUCAGGAGACAAAGCUUGUCUGAGGAGUUACUCCAUCAGGCGCUACUGUGUGCUUGGCGGGUUUCUUCAUCAGGAGACAAAGCUUGUCUGA